AAGCAAAAUAUAUUAGAAAUAAUGUAUCGCAGUCUGCUCCUGUUGGCAAUCCUGAUAGGCACCAUGGUCUGGUGUUUCUGGCGCGAUCUCGGAUAUGGAUGGGAAAACAGCACCCGACUCAAGUCAAAGAACACGGUGAUUUCCACCUCGAUCGACGUGUUGGGUGUCAUGAGUCUCACAGCCGCAUCCAUCAUUGGUUCAAUACUGUACUGGCAGCACGUACGGAGUAUCAUCGAUACACUGGUUGAAUGCGACGAGAAGAUGGGAAUCCUCUCGCCAAAAAAGCUGCAGAGGGUCACCAUCAUACUGACGUUGAUCAGCCUCUCCUAUAUCAUCAUUCUUUCCUGUCUCGACAUCUACACAUGGAAAUACCAAAUAAAGCUGAAUAAAAAGCUGGAUGACAGGAGUGUACUAAAUUAUUUUCCCCUGUACUUUAUGUACAUCGUCAUCGUUAUGAUGGAGCUCCAAUUCGCCAUCAUCGUGUACAACGUGGGCCAGCGGUUCUUCAGGAUCAACAAGAGCCUCGAAAACAUCUUAAAAAGUAGCAAAAUUACGAAUCAAUUCAGGAAGGAUCUUGGAUUAGCCGGUGAUCUACGAAAUCAAGGACAACUAAUAACGUAUAUCCAACAAGAAAUGAUGGGGAAUACUCGACUCUUUCGUAAAUCAAAGAUCAUGGAUUCCACUGCCGCAAAUGAUAAUAGAAGUUUCACGGACCGAAUAUCCCAACUGUUGACAGUACACUCAUCUCUAUGUGACACGGUCUCGCUUAUAAAUAGCGCUUAUGGCGUCGUUAUACUUGUAAUUACGAUUACUUGCUUAAUACAUCUAGUCAUUACGCCGUCCUUUUUGAUAAUGGAAGCUGACAUAACACGCGAACCUUUAUUCGUCGCGGUGAAAGGACUCUGGUGUGUCUUUCACACUUGGAAAUUGCUCAUAAUCGUACAACCCACGUAUACCACUACAAUGCAGGGAAAGAAAACAGCAAUAUUGAUAAGCCAAUUGCUGACAGUGAGUCAUGACAGGGAAGGCACAAAACAAUUAGAAAUCUUUUCGCUUCAGCUUCUGCACCGUCCGUUAGAAUUCUCAGCGUGCGGACUCUUCACCUUGGAUCGUACUCUCGUGACCUCGAUUGCUGGCGCAGUCACAACGUAUCUCGUAAUACUGAUCCAGUUCCAAAAAGAUGAUGACACAAAGGGCAGUUUCGACAACAUAUUGAAGAAUGCUACGCAAAUGCUGAAGAACGCGACGACGCUUCAGAAUAUUACAGCGGGAAGGUUAGGCCUAUAAAUUAGAACAAAUUAUGCUUCUCUUUCACUGAUCCAUACUUUUUUUUUUAUAUUUUUGAAUCUAUAAUAAUUAAAGCUUAUUAAAAUUUAGUAUACAUCGCUUACACAAAUUUACUCGUAAAAUAUCCACGAUCGAAAAAAUCAAGUUGAGACCUCUGAUUUCUAUUUUUUUAUGUUUUCGAAUCUAUAAUAAAGCUUUUUAAAAUUUAGUAUA